AUGUUCAGUGCGUUUAUAUUCAAAAAAGAUGAUGAAAUUAAGACCAAGGAAAAGCCGACAGUAAAACAAAGUACGAAACGAUAUUCCGAGAAGAAAAGGAAAUGCACAGACGUCGAUGAUAAUCAAAUAUCCUGCCGUGAUAACUCCCAGCAGUCAAUAAUCGACGCUUUACGACGACAGCAAGAGUUAUGCAAAAUCAACCGUGGCAAGAAAGCAAAUACUAUUGAAGCGUACUUCUCACAGUCUGUGAAACCCAAGAAGAAUGUAGUUUCCGUUGAUGAUUUCUUCGGACAAUCUGGAACAAAAUCGAAUGCUAAGCCUUCUGCUGUCGUCAGCACACCACCUCAUUCACCGAUGGAGAUCAUCCCGGAUACACCAAUAUUAUCUCCGAAAACACCUCUGGGGACCAGAGAAAGUUAUAAAAGCUCACCCCAAAUCAAUGUUAUCGCGGAGGGUGUGAAGACAACUAAUAAUCAAACGUCAUCCAUGGUUAAUGAAUCUCUUAAUGAUAGCACUGAUACUGCUGUAAAAGACCGAAAGCAUUUUUGGGCCUACAAAGCUCGCGAUGGUCCUCGCAGUCUUGGAUCAAGAGAAAUUCCUAAGGGAACUCCGGAUUGUUUAAAGGGACUAAACUUUCUCAUCACUGGAAUACUAGAGUGUAUUGAACGAGAGGACGCUGCAAGUCUUAUUCAGAAUUGUGGUGGAAAAGUUUUAAAAACAUUGGGUAAAAAGACUGAUUAUCUCGUUGUCGGGCGUGAACCUGGUGCAGCCAAAAUCGAGAAGGCUAACAAUUUGAAAAUUAAGCAAAUUACCGAAGAACAUCUCUUUGAAAUGAUAGAAAAGUCCAGUAAUAUUCCUCUUGUAAAUCAUAAAUCGAAUGUAUCCAGCUCAGAAUCUUCCAAGAAAUUGGAGCCUGUAGAUACAAACGAUAGUAAACAAAAUUUAAAAAGUCCUAAAAAAUCCCCUAAGAAGAAUCAAUCUGCCAAAUCACCGGAUAAUGCUCCUAAAUCUCGUAAACAUGAAUCUCCGAAUAAAUGUGCAGGAAAAUCUGUUAUGUCCUCAUGUAGUGAACUUCCUCUUACUGCACGUCCUGUUUUAACUAAUAAUUCAACAUUUAAUAAUAAAACUGAUCGAAGUCAUAGCAGUGGUUUAUCCAAAACUCCUACUAAUGUCAUCGAUAAGCAAGAUUCCCUGUCCAAGGAGAUGAGUUCGAAGUUGUCUGAAUUAUGGGUUGAUAAGUAUAAACCAACGUCUAUUCGCUCACUGAUUGGUCAAAACGGUGCACAAAGUCCAGCCAAUCGACUUUUAAAUUGGUUAUUUUCCUGGCACUCGAGUUUUUCAGCAGGUUUAAAAGCGAAGGCCUACUCAAGUGCCCCUCCAUGGGGCCCGUCAUCUAGUGAUGAUGGGAAGUGGGCGCGCGCAGCACUUCUUUCGGGACCUCCAGGGAUUGGCAAAACAUCAACUGCUAUUUUAGUAUGCAAAGAACUCGGUUAUACUUAUUGCGAAUUUAAUGCAUCCGAUUGUCGAUCCAAGCGGUGUUUAAGUGAAGAAAUAGGACAAUCUUUGGGUUUACGAAAUUUGUCACAUAUGGCGUUUGGUCAAGCAUCAACAUUAAAUUCUGGUCGUCACAUUUUAAUUAUGGACGAAGUAGAUGGUAUGGCUGGUAAUGAAGAUCGCGGAGGAAUGCAAGAACUUAUCAACAUGAUUAAAACUACUCAAUUACCUAUUAUUUGUAUGUGCAAUGAUCGUCAGGCUAUAAAAAUACGCUCUCUGGCUAAUUAUUGUCUCGAUUUAAGAUUUCAUCGUCCACGAGUUGAACAAAUAAAGUCAGCAGUAUUGUCUAUUGCUUGCAAAGAAAAUGUGAAUUUACCUCCGGAUGUAUUAACAAAUAUUAUCGAUUCUAGUAAUCAUGAUAUUAGACAGGUAAUUAAUAAUGUUCAAAUGUGGUGUAGCUCUGGUUUAAUUGAUUCCGAAGGACUAAAAGCGGAUGCAUUAGGUGCACGUAAAGAUCUACACUUAAAUGCAUUUGAUGUGAUUCGUAAAGUUUUUGCACCGGAUAUUUCUGGUUCUCAAGGCAGUGUUGCUACAUUCAAUGAAAGUUUAGAUUUAUUUUUUCAAGAUUACAAUUUAAUUCCUUUGUUUGUUGAGGAAAAUUAUCUUAAUGUUAGAGUUCAUAAUACCCAUGACGAUAAAAAAAUUUUGCAAUUAAUGUCUCAAGCAGCGUCUGACAUCGCCACGGCAGAUAUCAUUUCAUCUACUAUCAGAUCAUCACGUACGGGAUCAUGGUCUUUAUUACCUGUUCAAGGUGUGUUCAGUACAGUUUCACCUGGUCGUACUCUUCGUGGCUCUUUACCUGGUGGCCCAGGUGGUGUUUCAUUUCCUUCUUGGUUUGGUAAAAACAGUACACAAAGCCGUAUCAAUCGGACUACUUCGGAAUUAGCUGCACAUUUACGAUUAGCAACUCAUUGUGGUUCAUCAAAUCCGCUUACAUUAUUGCUAGAUUAUGCUACACCAAUCUCUGAACUUAUCACUCGUCCACUUAAAGAAGGUGAUAUUGACAGUGCUAUUCAAUUUCUAAUUAAUUAUCAAAUAACAAGAGAAGAUGUUGACUCUAUAAUGGAAUUAACUACUUGGCCGAAUCGACCGAAUCGAAUGCUUAGUGUUGAUUCGAAAGUCAAAGCUGCAUUAACACGUACGUAUAAUAAAUCAUCGCAUUUACUACCGUAUGUCAUCUCAUCAAGUGGUUCCUUUAAACGUAAACGUGGUGGUGGUGCUACAGUUUCAUUUGAAGGGGAAAUUGAAAAUGAUUCUGGUCUAUUCGACGAUGAUGAUGAAGAAGAAGAACAGGAAGACGAGAAAGUCGACCUGAAAAAUGAUGCCAUGAUUUUAAUUAAAAAAGAAGAUCCAAAAAAGCGCAUAAACACUGAGAAAUCCAAAUUACAACGAGGAGAGCAAUGUUCAUCUUCUGAUAGCAACAAUACAAAAGAACGUGGUCGAGGUCGUGGUCGCGGUAGAGUCAAUGAGUUGCUGCAAAAUUUGUCAGAAAUUAAAAAAUCAUGUAAAUAUCUUUUUUUGUCAUGUAUUUUUCACUGUUUAAUAAUUCUUCAAAGUGUUUAUCGAUUCAACAAGCUUCAAAAAUUCCCUGCUUAUCUAUUUUCAUUCUGUGUACAGUUGACUAAAACUAACAAUAUUUCAUUGUUAUCAAUGAUAGCUAAUUCAAAACUGCGUAUCGGUACACAUGAUGGACGAUUCCAUGCAGAUGAAAUACUUGCAUGUGCAAUGCUUAAACAUUUACCGGAAUACUCAAAUGCUGAAAUUAUACGCACAAGAGAUUCAAGUAUUUUGUCAACAUGUGAUAUCGUCGUUGACGUUGGCGGUGUAUUCAAUGCUGAAAAUCAUCUAUACGACCAUCAUCAAAGAGAAUUCAACCUUACUUAUAAAGAUUUUUAUCCGAAUUCUGAUUGGGAUAUAAAAUUAAGUAGUGCAGGUUUGAUAUACGUUCAUUUCGGUCGAAAAAUACUAAGUUGUAUACUUGGUAUAGAUGAGAAUACUAUGGAUCCAUUAGUGACGGCACUUUUUGAUAAGAUGUAUAGUUCAUUUAUUGUUGAGAUAGACGCUAUCGAUAAUGGUGUUCCGAUGGCAAUAACACCUUUAAGAUAUUCUAUGAAUACAUCUUUAAGUAGUCGAGUGAAUCGUAUGAAUCCAGCUUGGAAUCAAUUGGAUACAGAUGAAACUAUUUGUUUUCAUAAUGCAUUACAAUUAGUUGAUAAAGAAUUUAUUACAUUAGUUCAUUUCUAUGCUGAUACAUGGUAUCCAGCUCGUGAAAUUGUAUUAAAUGCUGUGAAAAAUCGAUAUUCCAUUGAUUCAUCUGGUACAAUAAUUUAUAUUGAAGGUACUGGAUGUCCUUGGAAUGCACAUUUUUUUGAAAUUGAAAAAUCUUUAUUAUUAAAUAAUGUAAAUGUAAAUGAAAUUGAAAAACAGAAUCAAAUUCUAUUUGUUAUUUAUCAACGUAAAGAUAGUACAUGGACCAUACAAGCUAUACCAAUGAAUGAGCAUAAUAAUUUUUCACAAAGACUUCCUCUACCUGAAAGUUGGAGAGGUUUACGUGAUGAACAGUUAAGUAGUAUUGUUGGGCUGCCUGAUUGUAUAUUUGUACAUUCUACUGGGUUCUUAGGUGUACAUAAAACUCGUGACGGUGUUCUACAAAUGGCAAGAUUAACCAUAAAAAUGAAAGAAAAUCAGUAA